UUUGGUGAACGAUCGCUGUAAAUGAUGAAGUGUGUGAUUUCUAGUGUACAUGCAUUGGUGUUAGUUGUAUUAUUUGAUAAACCGUGUAGGCGUCCAUAUGUUUCAGACGGAAAAAAAUAAUAAUUGUUUGAUUGUCACAUUUUUGUUUGAUGUGGCUUGUUGAACGGAAAUCACCCACAUCUCCUUCAAACACAUUUGUGCAGUUGCACUUUGUCAGUUUUGUUAACUUUGUGUGUCGAUGCACAUUUAGACCUUGAGAUUCCAGCACCGCCACCACUAGACAGUUAUGACAACUUUGAAGAGAUGCCCCCUCUACCCCCUCCCAUUGAUUAUGACAUAACUGCACCAGCCGACUAUUUGGAUAAAGUGGUGGCACUGUAUAACUACGACACAGGCAAGCCGGGCGACCUGGUGUUUCAAGAGGGCGAUAUCAUCUACCUCACCAGCAGGAAUGAGGAUGGCUGGUGUGAGGGCUUUCUCAAUGGAGUUAAAGGAUUUUUUCCUGGCAACUAUGUGGAGUCCAGCGCUUAACAGAACGCAAGUGAAUGAAGUAUAGAGAUGGAAGGAACCUUUCAUUUCUAUUUCUAUAGUAAAACGGUGAAGUCCGCUGUAUAAAUGAAACUGCAGAAAUGUUUUUAUACUAUGUUGACCUUUUAAAACGUUUGAAAUGGAAUUAACAUGCUGGCUUAAACCAGCAGAGAUGAGUUUGUGUUUUUAAGUUGACUUUAGUCUUCAAUGAUGAUGAUGAUGAUGAUGAUCAUAAUUGAUCUCUCAGGACUUUUAAGUUACAUUUCAUAAUGUAAAACAUAUUAAGUAACAUUUUUGUACAUUUAGUUGUAUAUGAUAUGUUAAGCUCACAAAGUCGUGUUAAAUAGUGGAUGUUUAGUGGUUAAUUCUCUUAGCAUAUUUUCAAGGUUUAUUUGAAUAGGCAAUUGUGCAAAGUGAACAUUGAAGUAAUAUAUAAUAAUAGAUAUGUGUAAUAUAUUAUAAUGCAGUUUCCUAAUUAAAAGCCUUUAUUACUUAUGAUAAAUUACAUUUAUUUGAUAAAAUUUUCCUAAAUCCCUUGCAAUUAGAGUAUUUUCCAGAACAUUUUAUGCUCCGUUUAAUGAAUUAAAUGUUAUGCACGCCACAUUGGCCCAAUUCAGUCACAAUUUC